AUGGGGCCGUGCCGAGCGCUGCCACCGCUGCUGCUGCUGCUGGGGCUGGGGCUGGGGCUGGCUGGAGCCUCCACGGCAGAGCCACGCGGAUCCACGCUGGGACAGGAUGGAGCCACGCUGGGACAGGGUGGAACCGCGGUGUCCUCGUCCCCGCCGCGGUCCCUGAGCUACGGGGACGUGGUGGCGGCGGCCGUGGAGCUGCUCAAUGCCAGGGCCGUCAGUCCCUACGUGCUGCGGCUGCGGGAGGCUCAGCCCCGGCCCGGCUGGCCCUCGGACCUGCAGAGCCGGCAGGAGCUGAGCUUCACCCUGGAGGAAACCACGUGCAGGACACCGGGAAUGGCCACCAGCAACUGCAAGAGCCGCUGGCUCGGGGCAGUGACCUGGUGCCAGGGCUCCGUGUUCCUGGAGGGGCAGCAGCCCACGGUGGAGCUCUCCUGUGAGAAGGCGCCGGCCGCGUUUGGCCAAAUCUGGAAAUCCAAGAUCAAGGAUUUCUUUGGCAAGGUCAAGCAGCGUGUCCGGGGGUUCUUCCAGUGCGGUCGGAUCUGGAUCCGGGACAGGCUCAACCUCAAGGCACCCAGACCCUGA